GGUCCAGGCCCUGCUGGUACCAGCUGCUAGUACUGUCCUUUCGGCUUCUUCCAAACUGGCACCCCAGGACGCCAGUCCCUCUGCGGCCGUCAUGGACCCACAGAAGGCGAGCCUUUACAUCUACCCGUCAAACAUGCACGGCCUGUUCAGCGUGGCGGCCCAGGCCGAGGCUCCAUUCCUGGCCAUGCAGCAAAACCUAGGCGAGAUCUUCCAGAAUCAGUGGGGGUUAUCCUUUAUAAACGAGCCCAGCGCGGGCCCGGAUGCCUCGCCCAGGAAGCCGACGGACACCAAGGCGGGCGAGGUGACCUUCCAGGGUUCCUCCUACCCCGCCGCGUCAGUUCCUCCUGCGGCCGAGACUCCUCCCGCUGGACCCGAACAGCCGGCCUUCCCCAAGGCCUACGAGCUGGCCAGACGGACUAGUCCCCAGCUUUUGGGGGGACUCUUGAAGAUGGGGGCCGCUGGGGAGGAGAGCGACCUGCUGUUAGAGCCCCACUUGCCGGGGGGCCUGCCCCAGGCUGAGCUGGGGGGCCCGGGGACCUUUGUGUUCCUCGCCAAGGACUAUCAUCCCGGAGACAGUCGCCUGUCUUCGCCUACGAACACUUUCUUAGUCUCCACCAAAGAGCAGAGGCAGCCCGGCAGUCUAGAACGGAAAGCCAGCUGGGGGGAGUUCGACCUCCGGGCAGCUGUUCUAUAUCACAUCCAAGAGACCCAAAACGGAUAAUCACUUACGCCGAAGCCCUGGACACCCCCAGCACCUGAGCAGCAGCAGCAGCCCAUGACGGUUUCCGCUGGUCCCGUGGUCAGCCCCCGUGCCCCAUCCCUGAAUGGCGCCGCUGGACUGCUCUGGUCACCCGAAUCUGAACUGCAGAUGUGUCUGUGUGUGUGUCUGUUUGUAUACCGAUGCACACCCGCCUGACACAAUCCCUAUUCUGGGCUUGACGAAACUCCCUACCAAGCUGGCAGAGACUUCUCUGUGAUUAUUUAAAC